AUGCUAAUGACGCUGUCGAGAAUGGGAAUGCUAGCGCAUAUCCAGAUGGUCAAGCCUGAAGCCGGGAUGACUAAGUUGUGGGUGAUAAACGACACAAAGGCACUGGAACUGAUUGCUCAUGGCAUUGCGGUGGAGCAUCAUAACAAUAUAUGGUCGGCAACGACGGCUACCCAGGCAUGGAUUACGUUGCAUAAGUUUUACAAUCGCACGACCAUGAACAAUCGAGUGACGAUGACCUGCCGCCUUCAUGAGCUUAAGAUGGACGACAGCGUGACGAUGACCCAGUACCUGGACAAGUUCGAUGAACUCAUUAUUGGUCUACAGUCUCUGGGUGAGCCAGUUGACAUGGCGCGACAGCUCGUGAUUUUGUUCAGCAGUCUGUCUGCAGAGUACGAGAUCAUCGCGUCGAUCGAGGAUAACGCCAAGGUCGUCACGCUCAUUGAGGUGAAGGAGAAGCUGCUCAAGGAGUAUGAGCGACAGGACAAGAAGGAAGCCACGGAACGCGUGCUAAAGGCUACACCGCACGGGGUCAAGUUGAAGAACACAAGGUUCUACAACGGUGGAAGGAACAACGGACGCAAGUACAACGUCUCGAGAAAGCGAAGUGGGUUCAAAGGCAAGUGCUUCAACUGUGACAAGUUUGGUCACAUAAGCAGAACUGCUUGGACAUGA